AGCUCCGUCCACUUCUAUGAUCGAGUGCUCUUGCAUGGAAGCAGCGGUGCAUUGGUCUCAUUCUCCACAUAGCCUGCGUGUCAGUGCAGUCUACUUACAGCUGGCUGUGAGCAGAACUGACCUUAUAUUCUCCUUAUUUUACUACACACUACAUUUUAGCCAACUUGUCGACAGACUUGAUCAUUUCUACCUUCUUUUAUGCAACUCUGUUUUUUCUCCCUUUUUUUUUAAGUUGAAGGCUGGGCCUUUAACUUUGCUGUUGGGAAAAAAAAAAGAAAAGAAAGUAGAUAUUUGUUGUUGUCGGUAAGACUUUAAAAAAAAAAAAAAAAAAAAGGGCGAUAGAUGCUACUGACGAGAAUGGACCUGUUGAACUACCAGUACUUGGACAAGAUGAACAACAACAUUGGCAUACUCUGCUACGAAGGAGAAGCAACCUUGCGGGGGGACCCCAGACUCCAGUCCUUGUCCCUGUCUUCCUCCUCAUCGUCUUCUUCAUCCUCCUCCUCCUCCUCGUCCAUCUCAAGCCACAGGACGGGCCCGCCUCCCAUCAGUCCCACCAAGAGGAAGCUGAGCAGCGAGCAGGGUGACAGUGACAUGGACGACAACGAGCACGUGGCCAAGAUGAGCCGACUUUUCGCCACGCAGUUGAAACCUCACGGCGACUAUCGCAGCUCCGCCUCCUCCAAGGACCAGAGCCGGAGCCCCAUUGAGCGCGUGGUGUUGCCCAGCGCUCUUGGCGUCCACGCCAACCACCUGUACAGCCACGCCCACCACCAUCACCACCACCAUCACCACCAGCAGCAGCAUCAUCACCACCUGGCCAGUUUAGCCGCCAUGGACCAGCCGCUGGCGCUUACCAAGAGCAGCAUGGCGGAGUCGGCGGCGCGAAGCAGCGCGGCAGCUCUGGCCGCCGUCCCGCACACCGUCACAGAACGCCAGCAGAAUCGUCCGUCUGUGAUCACGUGCGCUCCCGCUAACAACCGCAAUUGCAACUUGUCUCACUGCCCGCUGUCUCACAAUGGCUGCUCCAGCCUGGCGAACAACUACAGGAGAGUCCACACCAACACGGCGUGCGACCCCGUGAUCGAGGAGCACUUCCGCCGCAGCCUCGGCAAGAACUACAAACCCGAGCCGGAGCCGGCGGCGGCGAGCGCCACCAACUCUGUGUCCAUCACGGGCUCUGUCGACGACCACUUCGCCAAAGCGCUGGGCGAGACCUGGCUGCAGAUCAAGAACAAGAGCAGCCCGUCGUCAUCCGCCAGCAGCCCAAACUCCUCCCCCGACAGUCACAUGAUCAACCACAACCACUCCCCCUCCCUGGUCUCCUGAACAGACCCCGCCCUCCAUCCCGGCCUCCUUGAGGGAGCGCCCGCCUGCUGGUCUGCUUACACCCCCCCUGCCCCCCCUCCCAAUCAAGCAAUAACAAAGUGUCACAUGACGAGGAUUCAUCCUUUUUUGUACAUAACGAACACCUUUUUGUUUUACACUUUUUGUUUCGUCGUAGUUUUGUGUCUGGAUCCGAGAGAAAAGAAGCGAGCAAGAAAGACUGAGAAACUUCCGUUUCUCCCAAGCCCCGCCCACCCGUUCCACUGGCUCGAGUCUUCCGCCAGCAAACCUCUGAACCACUCCAGUCCUCUAGUCCCACACAGUUCCGUCAUUCCCGAGCGGCGACAGAAAAGCACCUCCGCGUUUUCUCCAGAUCCCCUUUCCUCUCACGCCAGUUUCGGUCCCGUAGCUCCGCCCCCUUUUGUUGAUACAACGCACUGUGUUUUUUUUGUUAAGGUUUUUCUUAAGGUGUGAAGGGUAAACUAAUGCAUGUCUUUUGUGUUUUGUUUUGAAUAAUAGCUGGUAUCUAUUAGUAAGCAUUUCAACCUAGUUAGCCUCGGACGUCAGCUCGCAAGUAAGCAACACACGCUAAAAACUCACUGCUGGAUCAGUCGUACACCACGUUGUUGUUGUUGUUACACACCCUUUUCUUCUCGGACAGGCGCCGCCAAAGUAAACAUUGGGCGUCGCUUCACUCGGUUUUUUUCGACGCCAGGACGACGAAACAUUCCUCCUGCAGGGAAUUCACAGCACAAUCGAUUUGUUGGUCGAACGGCAUCCUUAGGAGUGCUCCCGAAAGCUGCAGUAGGGAAGGGAUUCACACGGCCCCCGUUCCGCCUGAAUCAUUUUGCAAUGCAGUCUGCUGAAAACGAUGGAAAGCGCUGGUCAACGUUGGAAUCGCCACAAAACACAUGUUAAGACACUCAUUUUGUCAGGUAAACCACAAAGAAAGGGGCUUUAUGAAUCCACUUCCCAAACAGGAGUUCAGAACCAAUCGCAUCCCAUUAAACCCACUUACUUGGAUUCAUCAGUGGGGAGUUUUUGCCAUUUUUACUGACAUUUAGUGAAUAAUUCUACAACCUGCUGUCAUCUGUAACAGUCCAGUUUGUUGUCGACCAGGGGUGUCCAAAGUGUGGCCUCUUUAUUUAAUUUACAAAAUACUAUCACGAAACGACGUAAGUGGACUAAAAGAGCAAACAGGUGUCAUGUAAUGGAAUGUUGCAAAAUUGACACUAUUAACAAAUAAUGGACUAACAUUAAAACGGGCCUUUCGUUUAUAUGAAACAAAAGUUAUGAACAGAAAAUUUCAGACAAUUAAGUAGUGUUUUACUUUAAAACUGUCAUUGCUCCAAAUGUAAUAAUUAAAACUACAGAUCGAACGAUAAAACUGAAGUGGUUGUCAAACUUGUUUCACCAAGUACCACUUGGCUAUGCAAGUAUCGCGAUAAAGACCAACAAUAACAUACAGUAGCGUAGUAGGCCUACGUUUGCAUUAAAAACAAGGCAUAGCUUUUA